AUGCCACAGCUUCAUCUCAGCACUCGGCAACGCCCUAAUCAGCAUAACCAGAGAAUCAAAUCCCUCAACCCCAGCAUCCGCCAAAAAAUCCACCAACCCCUCCGCACAGUCUUCAGCACAAGCAAUGACAACACCUGCAUCUUCAUGCCGGUAUCGGACACCGCAUCCACCGGCAUAAAAGUGGUAACAGCCAGUCCCACCGGAAUCCAAGGCGUAAUCAACAUCUUCAACCCAGAAGGCCGACUGCAGGGUCUCCUCGCCGCAGCAGAAGUAACAGCCUUCCGCACCGCGCUAGCAACAAUGACCCUCCUCGUGCGCUGCACGACCCUCCGCAAGGACAACGUGCUUGUUCUCGGCAGCGGUCGGCAGGCGGAGUGGCAUGCGCGUCUUGCGCUGUUGCUGUACCCGGAACAGGUCCGGCGCGUGACCUUUGUGAAUCGCGGUGCGAAGAGGCUGGUGGAGAUGGAGAGGGAUGUUAUUUCCGAGUUGCGUGGGACUUACCCCGGUGUUGGAUUUGAGACGCUUGCUAAAGAGGGUGUCGUCAAUUAUGAGCAGCGCCUAGGAGAGGAACUUGCGGCUGCGGAUGUUAUCUUUAGUUGUACGCCUGCUACAGUGCCGAAUUUUGGGUAUAAGGCGCUACAGACGAACCCCAAGCAGCGGUUUAUCUCGCUUAUUGGCUCGUACAAGCCGGAUAUGCAUGAGAUUGAUACUGAAACGCUGCUUUCUGGCGGUGGGAAGGUUUAUGUUGAUUCUAAGACGGCUUGUCUUGAGGAGGCUGGGGAGUUGAUUACUGCGGGUCUUGGGGAGGAACAGUUGAUUGAGAUGGGGGAUCUUUUGGGGGCGGAGGGGAUUGUGGAGGGGGCGGUCAAUGUUCCUGCUGGUUGUAAUGUUGUCUAUAAAUGUGUUGGUAUGGGGCUGAUGGAUCUUGUUGUUGGAAAGAAGGUGCUUGAUGUUGGGGUUGAGAUGGGGCUUGGGACUCAUGUUGAUGGGUUCUAA